GCAUCCUUGUCCUGCCACGUGACAGAUCUCCAGAAAUGGAUCGUUCGAGGCUGGGUACAACGAAUCAGAGGGGGAAAUUGCAAGGCAUCAAAUCAUCUCGUCUCGACAAAAGUCUCCUGUUCAUAGCCUAACAAACCACGCGAUUCGGAGUCCACGGAUACCACAACCACCGAUGCCUUGCUGAAACAAACUCUUCCAGCUUUAUAAUCUCUCUCAGCCCGCUUGGUCAUACUUGUAUUCGACACCCUUUUUUGUCCUACCCUUCUCUACGGAUACAUCCUUUUGAGCAGCCAACUCCAGCUCGUGGCGAACCCUGCGGAUACCGCUCUUUUCUACCUCCCAGAAAUAUCUCUCGCCAUGUCGCCCUCACGCACGCUUCCAACCUUCCUGCAAUCCGAGUUAGCCUCUCACAAUACGGAAAAGAAUUGUUGGGUUACCAUUGGGACUCGAGUGUUUGAUGUGACAGACUUCGUCGACAGUCAUCCAGGGGGCGGUGAUCUGGUGUUGGAAUAUGGAGGCAAAGAUGUUACCGAAAUAUUGAAGGACGAGGAUUCGCAUACCCACUCCGAGGCCGCAUAUGAAGUGUUGGAAGAUGGAUUUAUUGGCUUUGUUGCGACCGAGAAAGUUAUCGAAACCAGUGUCAAAAGCUCCCACCCGGAUCGCAUCGUUCCUCUUCCACCUACCCUCGAUGGCGCCUCUGAGCUCAGGGAGAACGGCUCUGGGAGCCAAGUUCCAGUGUACCAAGCAACGGGCAUGUCUUCUGCUGAUGAUCUUUCCAAGGAGACCGACCUCGCCACCGACUACAAAACACACAAGUUCCUCGAUUUGAAUAAGCCUUUGCUCUUGCAAGUUUGGUUCGGAGGAUUUAGCAAGGAGUUUUAUUUAGAGCAAGUUCAUCGUCCUCGGCAUUACAAAGGAGGAGAAUCGGCACCUUUAUUUGGAAACUUUCUAGAGCCUUUGUCAAAAACACCAUGGUGGGUUAUACCUACGAUAUGGCUUCCUGCAAUUACAUACGGUACCUAUACUGCAAGAGCGGGAUGCACUAGUGCUUUUCAAGAGGCUUCGUACUGGUUCUUUGGCCUAUUCCUAUGGACUUUGGUAGAAUAUGUUCUACACAGAUUUUUAUUUCACCUGGACAAGUAAGUAUCCUAAAUUGCAAUCUUGGAAACAUGAGCUAAUCGAAUAAUUAUAGAUGGCUGCCAGACAACCGAGUUGCCUUGACCCUCCACUUCCUUCUCCACGGUAUCCACCAUUACCUACCCAUGGACAAACUCAGACUCGUCAUGCCACCUACGUUGUUCCUCGCUCUAGCAAUUCCCUUUUACAAACUUGCACAUUUCAUCUUCUACUGGAACGACUCGAUCGCAUUGUCUGUAUUUUGUGGUGGUGUCUUCGGAUAUGUCUGUUACGAUUUGACCCAUUACUUCUUGCACCACAGAACUCUGCCAGCUUACUGGAGAGAGUUGAAGAAAUACCACCUCCAACAUCACUUUAUGGAUUACGAGAAUGGUUUUGGUGUCACCAGUCGAUUCUGGGAUAGUGUUUUCGGAACAGAACUUGCUCCUCCACCAACCAAAUCACUGUAG